CCAGGAACUGUCAGCUUCGACUUUCUUCUUUUACAGUGAACUGUGGUAAACUUUCUCUGUGUUGGGCAUACAACAGUAACUACGUUCAUUGCGUUCAACGGGUUGACAGAAGAUAAUGCUGGUGAAGGUUGCUUAGCUGUAUUUUGGCACACGGGAUCAAGUAACGCUACCCAAAUUAGAAGAUUCUGACUGAUAUUCACCUGGUUUUACUCCAAAUGUCCUCUCAUCGAUGUUCGGGAGCUGUGGUAGUUGUAUCUGUUCUUGUAUUUUAUAGCCUGGUUUUUACAGUUUUUGGGGAAAAUGGCACUAGCCUUUGUUCAUCAGAUAAUGCAAACGGCGAAACUAACCAAUGGCGUCAUAUAGGGAGCAACUUGAAAAAUCUUGUUUGUGUGGUCUGCCUGUGUGAAAAGGAUGGCCAGGUCAACUGCUCCAGUAGGGAAUGCAGCACAGACUUCUGCCGUUCUGGAGAACAUUACGAUGACGAGUGCUGUAGGUUGUGUACUGAUUCACGAGUGGUUUCAACUUCUAGACCAGCAGCCCAGCUACAGGUGGCGUGUUUUGAUAAAGGACAAAUAUUUAAGGAUGGCGAGACUUUCGCUUCUAAUUCAACAAGUCUUCAGCCUAGAAAGCCUAAUCAGUGUGUACAAUGUGUUUGCCAGAAAGGCAAGAUACUUUGUAGACUGAAGACGUGUUCCAUGCAGUCAUGCCAGAACCCUAACUACCGAUCAGAUGAUUGUUGUCCUGUAUGUGCAGCGAAAGUCUCCCCAGCCCAUCAAGAUGUAAGAGUGGAUAACAUACUGGUAACAUUCCGAACUUCAGGUGGUGGCUCAGUUUGUAGUUCUGGUGGUAUCAGCUAUCCUCAUGGUUUCACGUGGCAUCCUGUUAUUGGCCCUUUGGGACAAAUGGACUGCGUACUUUGUAAAUGUCAGAUGGGAAAAGUUGAAUGUGGGCGCAUAGGUUGUUCAUUAAGAGGACUCACGUGUGCUAAACCCCAGAAGGUCAUAGGUCGCUGUUGUCCCAUAUGUGUUAACAAAGACAGCCCAUCUGUCCUAGAAGAUGCUGCUACUCACCCUAGUGUUUCAAUAAGCGGUAGAUCGCAAUCCGAAAAGCUGUGUUUAUCCAAGAGACAAGACUACGUCGUUUACAAAAGUCACGCAUUUAGUACCACAAGUGGCUAUUACCAAUUUGCUUUUCAAAAGGUGGGGGACGGAGGAAACACCAGACUCUUUUCGUGGACAAUGAAAGAAGGUACAAUGGGCGACUUUUCCGAGCAACACUUGUCAAAAUCGGACUUUUCGGAUGUUCGAAACACUUUUAAAUUUAAACUAAUGGGUUCUACUAAAUCAAAACUUGUAGGACGAUUUGCGAAGCGUUCUAAGAAACUUGCAGAGCGUUGUAACAAGAGAUGCGACCAGAAAGUCUCUAGGCUAGAGAGUGGACUGCGGCUUAAGAAAGUAGUCCUAAAUUCACAAUGUUUGGCUAGUGAUAUCACUUUCGAGAUAUAGCAUUAUGAAGUUUCAUCUGUUGUCAAGGGUUAAUUUUAGAUGUUAUAUAAGAAAAUUCAAAGUUUUAGAUACUUUUGAAUACGCGAAACGUAGUGGUAUAAAUCAUUGCCAUCAUUCGAAUUAGUAUUAUUCAUUGUGCACCAUCGUCAGUCUUUUUCCAGAGCCUAAUUUUUAAAACUUAAACAGGAAACGUGUAAAAUCCCAAGAUUAGCAACUACGAAAACUCUCAUCGCUCGUUUUGUUCUUUAAUGAGAUUAAUAAUGGCCACCUGCGCCUGCUUAUUUCCCUUUCUUAUAUGUAAACAAAUGACCCAUAAAGUUUAGCGACAUUCGUAUUUUGUUAACAAUAUCGUAAGGUUUCAGUUGUUAAUAUACCAUAAAAUAGUAAUGUACGUCAGAAAACCCAAGGAAUUACUGUUUGUAUGUUAUGUUGAGGGCUAUCUGCGCUAGCCGUUCUUAUUUUUGAAGUGAUAGACAAAAGGGAAGGCUGCUAGCUAACAC